AUGGGCGAAAACAACCUAAAAGAACGGCUGGACCGACCAAUCAGCGGUCCCUCUCAGCGUCCCUCUUCAGCGCCCCUCUCAGCUCCCUCUCAGCGCCCCUCUCAGCGUCCCUCUCAGCGCCCCUCUCAGCAUCCCUCUCAGCGCCCCUCUCAGGCGUCCCAGCCUCUCAGCCGUCCCUCUCAGCGUCCCUUCUUCAGCGCCCUCUCAGCGUCCCUUCUCGCAGCUCCCCUCAGCGCCCCUCUCAGCGUCCCUCUCAGCUCCCUUCUCAGCGUCCCUCUCACGUCCCCUCUCAGUGUCCCUCUCAGUGUCCCUCUCAGCGUCCCUCUCAGCGUCUCCCCUCAGCGCCCUCUUAGCGCGUCCCUCUCUCUCAGCGUCCCUCUCCUCUGUCUCCAGGCGUUCCUCUCAGCGUCCUCUCAGUGUCCCUCUCAGCGCCCCUCUCAGCUCGUCCCUCUCAGCUCUCAGCGUCCCUCUCAGCGUCCCUCAGCGCCCCUCUCAGUGCGUCAGCGCCCUCUCAGCGUCAGCGCCCCUCUCAGCGUCCCUCUCCUCUCGUCCCUCUCAGCGUCCCCUCAGCGCCCCUCUCAGCGUCAGCCCUCUCAGGCGUCCCUCUCAGCGUCCCUCUCAGUGUCCCUCUCAGCGCCCUCUCAGCGCCCCUCUCAGGGUCCCUCUCAGCGUCCCUCUCACGCCCUCUCAGCGUCUCAGCGCCCCUCUCAGCGUCCCUCUCAGCGCUCAGUCCCCUCAGCGUCCCUUUCAGCGUCCCUCUCAGUCCCUCUCAGCGUCCCUUCUCAGCGCAGCGCCCCUCUCAGCGUCCCUCUCAGCCGGUCAGCGUCCCUCUCAGCGUCCCUCUCCCUCUCAGCGUCCUCUCAGCCCCUCUCAGCGUCGCCCUCUCAGCGUCCCCUCAGCGCCCUCUCAGCGUCCCUCUCAGCGUCCCUCUUCAAGCGAGGCGCAUCCACGUGUCCUAAAGCGGAGGCGGGGCUUAAAUGGCAUCUUGAUAUUUCUCACAAGAACACCGGCUCCGUCUUUGGCUUCGUGGAUGCCGAUUAUGCCCGAAGGAAGGAAGAUUCUAGGAUCCAGGAAUUCUUUGAAAGACUGCAUCAUGACCCCUAUUGCCUUGCGUUCGCCUACGAGGUUAUGUUCACGGACGUCGCAUCUGCACUUGCGAAAGGGGAUUUUAACCUCAGCCAUAGAAUCUUUACAACUUCACUGCGCAAAAACUUCCAAGAUAAAAGGGUCAUUUUUCACCGCGUCCGCCAAUAG